AUGCAAUUUGUAUGCAAAAGAAGGCGUAAACUUUUCAAUAGCAUUUAUAAAAUUGGAAUAAAAACAAAUGAGAUUAUCAUAUCAGAUGUAAUUCAUUCCAUUAAUCUAAGAGAACCAACAUAGUCAAAUAUUCAAUUCCCUUUUACUCAGAUAUUGAAGUAAAUUGGAACUUAGAUGACAACUAAUUAAUAGGAUUUGAGUUUAUCUAUAAUAAAAAACUCAUUUAAUUUGAGAUGAACUCAUUAGAUUGUCAUGUAUUUUAAGACAUUGUCAAAUCAUAAAUCUUCUUUUCAAACUUAUACAAAUUUUAUAAACCUAUUUAUGUAAUUGGUAAAGGAAGUUAUAGUACUGUAAUUUUCAUAUUCAAUAUUUAAGGUCUUGAAAGUAGUAAGUUACCAAAAUAAAAAUAUGUACGCAUGUAAGUGUAUACAAUCAAAUAACAACUUUUCUGAACAAGUAUUAUACUUUUUGAAUUUAGGAUAUAAUGAAUGAGAUUUAUAUACAUUCUUUAAUAAAUCAUCAAAACAUAGUAAAACUUGUGGGAAUCUGUAAAACAAAAAGAAAUUUUUAUUUAUUGAUGGAAUUACCUAAUGGAGAUACUUUGAAAUAAUAUUUAUAUCGAAGAGCUAAAUUAAGUGAGGAAGAAAUUAUUCGAAUUUUUAAAGUAAUAAUUAUUAAUAAAAAAGCAAUUAUUAUAAGCUAUUGAUUAUCUUCACUAAAAAAACAUUAUACAUAGAGACAUUAAACCAGAAAACAUCAUAUUAUAACACUUAGAUGAUCAAAGUACUAAAUUCAAUAACAAAAGUACUCAUUAAAUUAAUUGACUUUGGGCUUGCUGCAAAUCUUAAUGAUUCAAAUAUUGUGUAUAAGGUUUGUGGAACUAAUGGCUAUGUUGCUCCAGAAAUAAUAAAUAAUGAUGGGUCCACUCCAUAUGAUACUAAAAGUGAUAUUUUCAGUUGUGGAGUAAUCCUAUAUUAAUUGUAAUAUUUAUUUAAUAUUAUAUAGACUCACUCAUAAAUAUUUAUUUGAAGGAGAAACUAAAUCAGAAAUUUAUUUAAAUAAUAAAAUGUAUAAUAAAGCUGAUUACAAUUUCAGAAAUAUUCAUUAUUACUUUCACCAUUUAUUAUCUAAAAUGCUUGAAGAUAAACCAUCAAAAAGAAUUACUGCUAAAGAAGCACUCACUAUUUUAGAAUACAUCUCUAAAUAAAUUGAAGAAAUCCCUCCAGAUGAAAACAUUUAAAGAAUCCCUGUCAUGGUAUCCAUCAAACAUAAAUCAGAUCCUAAUCUUUUAAACUUAGAUUUCUGA